GGAGCGGAAGAGGGCUUCCUCAUACGUCUGCGUCCAGAUGAGCUGGUCCCCCCAGCCUGCCAGGGGAAAGGAGAGGGUAGGAAAAACUCACGUACGUACAGGUGCGAUCUGUAGCAUCUAUGUGUUUUUACCUCUGGAGAGUGUUUGAGGCAGUUUUGGUUUAGUGCUAGUCUCCUUCGUCUCCUUCUUGCCUAUAUCUUUUGCCAAAACACAGGAGAUGGCCAUGAGCAGCAGGAACAUGGACAUGUAGCUCUUCUCCAUGGCUGCCCCUGAAAUGAAGAAGAGAGCCUUCAUUUCUCCGUGCCUCCCUGCUGCUGGUUCUGAGGUGCAGCCGGAGGCACCGCCGUGGUCAGAUUAUGAAUGUCCCUUGGGGAGACUGACUUCUCCAACUUCAGGGAAUAUAGAUAGACAGACCUGUCUGGAAAGGACAAAGGAGAUCUCUGAGUGAUUCUACAGAUAAGGCUAAAAUAUAUGCAGGACUUUCAAAGGAAUUUUGAAAUAACUUCAGAAUUACUUUUAAGAUUCAACAAGUGUAGGACCAGUAUGAACUAUCUUCAGCAUACCAAGCCAGAAAGUUUUAACAAAAUGUUUUCUUUGGAGAUAGUUUUUUGAGCCUAAAACAUAUCAAUUAAAGUAUAUUGGAUGCCACUUCAGAUCCCUUUCUUUGGAGCAGAUAAAUCCGUGGUGUGCCCUUGUGGCCAAGAAUGGCCGUGGUAUCCUGGGGUGCAUUAAAAAGAGCAUGAAUAGCAGGUCAAGGGAGGUGAUCCUUCCCCUCUACCUCUACCCUGGUGAGGCCACAGCUGGACAUCUGUGUCCAAUUCUGGGAUCUUCAGAUCAAGAAAGACAGGGGACUUCUAGUGAAAGUCCAGUGGAUGGCCACAAAGAUCAAUAGGGACCUGGAGCAUCUCCCUUAUGAGGAAAGGCUGAGAGACCUGGGACUGUUCAGCCUGGAGAAAACUGAGAAGGGAUAUUAUCAGUGACUACAAUUAUCUAUAGGAUGGUAGUCAACUGUUUGGGUCCAGGCUUUUUUCCAUGGUGCCCACUGACAGAACAAGGGGCGAUGAGUGCAAACCGGAACACUGAAAGUUUCAUAAGAACAUGAGAAAAAACAUCUUUACUUUCAGAGUGAUAGAGCACUGGAACAAGCUGCCCAGAGAGGUUACGGGGUCUCCUUCUCUGGAGUUACUCAGAACCACCUAGAUGCUUUCCUGUGCAACAUGUUGUAGGGAACCCACUAUAGCAGGGGUUGGACUAGAUGAUCUCCAGAGGUCCCUUCCAACCCUUACAAUUUUGUGGGGGUUUUUUUGUUGUUGUUGACAAUAAAGCUGGUCUCACUAGCAGUGAGUAAGAGAAGUUUACAGUUCGUUGAUUUAAUCUAGUUGGGAUGUAAAUGACAUAAAAUAAUAAUACAGAACAGACAGAAGAAAACCCCCAAACUCAGAACACUUUUUACAAAGCAGAAUAUUACUUCCAAGUACUUCUACUGCUGGUCUAUUUCUUGUUCAAAUGGUUUCAGCAGUCAAGAAAAUUCACUAAAAACUGCAAAAAUAACUUCGGUCAGAAGGUUCAGUAACAAUCCAUCAACCACCUUACACAAAUGUAGCGCACCCUGCAUCUUCAUUUCAAGUUACUUAGCAGAACCAAUUUAAAAGUUUUGCAGAAGACAGACUGGAAACUGCAGAUCAUGUUGUCAUUUUCUGAUGUGAUUUCUAGCUGGCCACUGAUAACUCAAAGCUAUAGAACUUAAUGACGAUGUCAAGAAAACCUGUUUUACGCAGUUAUUUUCACAAGAAAAUAGCAGUCAGCAGCAAAGCAAUAUUGUGGCUAAUGCUGUUUUGGUUGUAGUGAUGAUGUGGUAGGAAGUGGGUGUCAAGUUCUCUUGGCAACAAAUGGGGGGUAAACGACACAUUGAGUCAUCAGUGAAUCAUUAGUUUUUUGCUGAUUUUUUUGCUUUUGUUUCCAGAUUCUAAAAUUACACUGGUUUUAAGAUGAUCGAUGAAGAUGAACACUUAACAGCGUUCACAAGCGUAAGCUAGUAGUUAGAUUAUUAGUAGAUCUCCUAAUGCUAUGGAAACAGGAAGUUUAAAUAGUUUUUUUCUCCUACUUUCAGCUAAAAUCAUUCAGCAUUAAAGGAUGCCCUUUUUCUUUGUAGGAAAAAAGCAAAACAGAAAAUGAAGGUAAAAGUACAAACUCUUGGUGGCCAACAGCAGAACCACUGAGUUCAGUACAGUUCAGGGAGGUAUGGAUUUCACUCGCUAAGCUUACAGGAGCUCAUACUCUGCAAGCACAUGCUGUACAGUAUGCCAUAUAGAAAAAUGGAUUACUGUCUUUUUGCUAGGGAAAAAGUAUAGAUUUCUAUAAUCAAUCAAUAUAAAAUGAUAGCUUAUGCUAAUGUGAGCAGCUAGGAACUCCCUUAAAUUCAGACAAUGCCACAACUGAAAGCAGGAAAUAACAGGUUCCUAAAGAGAACAGUGAGGCUAUCUACUUUGUGUGUGUGUAUACAUAUAAAUAUAUAGGUUCAUUACAUACAUAUAUAGUCAUUAUCAACCUCAAUAACAAUAAGGAAAACUAUAGCCCAAAAUUCCCCAUUGGUAAAGCCCUAGACAACAGUGCCUGAACUUAGUGGGUAAGGGUGAAGUUAUGUUGACUCAAAGGCUGAGUAAGGAAGGUUGACUUUGGUCAGCUGACUGAAUUUUUCCUGAUUCCUGAUAUAUACCACCAGCCACUCAGUGUAACAUUUUUGUACAUCAUGGAGCUUCAGCUGGCCUAGAAAUUACACCACUGCAGCUUCACCUGUUACUUUUCUUGAACUACUGGAAUUAGUUCUCCCAAUAGCAAAUAACUCCUUUAUGUAUUACAGGCAUCUAAAUCUUCACAGAACUGGUCAAAUAAAAUAACUGUCUAUUUAUGCUGAAGACUCCAGUUCUAUUUCUAUCAAUAACAGUACUGUUGGUACUAUUUUUCUCCACAUAUUCAAGGACCAAUAACUGUUUAAUGCUAAAUCUAUCUAUUAGAAGAUAGAUCUAACCUUAUCCUAAAAUAUUUAUUCAAUUUAGACACACUGACAUUUCAGAGAGCAACAUAAACCAGCUACUUCCAAUGACUUUUACAGCUAAUUUUUCAAAAGAUUAAAACUGUGGACAUAAAACUGUGAUUUUUUUAAGACAUGCCUCUUUCCAGGAUGUGGACACCUACUUCCAAGGCACAAACAUGAUCUAGCAGUGGAUGGAUAGGAAGCUGAAUUCAAAUGCUAUCUAUCGCCCUGUAAAGGCAGAUACGUUCAACCUACAGCUAGAAUUGUCAUUUUGGCAUCUGGGCUACAGCUUAUACAGUAAUCUAGUGUUGUAACUAAGUGACGUGGGGGUCCAGGCUUUACUGUAGCCUAUGAAGGACUGACCUCACACGUUAGAAGACUGUCCAAACUAUCAGGCCCUAGCACAAUUUCUUCAUCUUUCCAUUUUUCUUCUUUUUAAGCUGGACCAGAAGUGCUUGGGGAAAAUCCUAGGAAAUCAAUUAGGAUCCUCGAUAUCGAGGAAGGAUGAGACGAAGAAAUUGGACCUCAUAUGCUCUAAUUCUAUUCCCCAGACUUUUUCUUUUUAAAUGUAAUAAAGUAAAAUGUAUUUCAGAGAGCUAUUUUGGAAAACAUGUUCUGUAAAAUUUUUCUAAUAAUUUGUUAGCACUUAUCAGCUUGCUAUACAAACAGGCAGUGCUCGUGCUCUUUUCUUUACAUAUUCACCCUCAGAAGAAAGCUAGGCAAGAUGGUUGACGUACAGGUUGACAUGCCUAAGAUUUAUUUUUAUGUCUUUGGUUAUCUAUCAAAAAUUAACUGGGGUUCUUUAAAGUUGUCUGUACGCUCAAAGAUAUAGGAAAAAACUGGAAUAUGUGUAUUGGGUCUUCCUCCUUGGAUCUCCAUUCACAGACUAUACAGGGCAUGUAAGCGCCUGUAUUGGGACACUUCCCUUUCCUGGGACGAGGAAGCUAAAACUGUGUGAAGACAGAACUGAAAUGAGACCCUGAGACAGAUUUCCCCCUAAGGAUUUUUGCUGAAGGUGUCCAGAGCUGGUGGGAGUGGUUGGCACUGUCUAUCUCACCACUCCAGUAUAGUUCAGAACAACUCAGGAGUAUUGGACGGCUCCAGUCUGAGUCAAAGUGAAGUUUCACUUACUCUGGAGCAACAGUAAGAAAAAUUCUGUAAGAUUUGGUGGCUAAACCCAAACAUUUGUAUUCAGCAUUUACAUAUUGUUAAAUAUAGUAAUUGCUUAUCCAGACACUUAAAUUUCAGAAGUACAGUUUCUGCUUUUACAGAUUAAUCCGUCUCUAAAAUAGUAUCUUUCUGUUGUGAUAUUUUGCAAUCUAUUGUUCUAAUUUUUUUGCUUCUACUUCCUCAAUUAAGGAGCAAAAUAAAAAAUGAUACCUUGGGAGAUUAGGAAGUUAUUAAGAAGAGAAACUUGCUCAGAAAAGGAACUUCUUGUUUUUUGUAGAUGCCAAACUCAGACAGAAGACAUGUAAUUUUUUCUUCUUUGGUUACAGCCUAGCUGUACAUUCUGGUUAUAUUUUUCUUUAUUUUCCACUACAGGAACUGACUGAACAUUGUCCUUAUGUUUAUUCUCUUCAAACAAAGUCCUGUACAGACUUUUCCAGGCAGAUGUUUUUAUUUUACUGUUGCCACCUCUACAGUUUCACCUGGAUAGAUUCUCUUCAGUAUUUCGUCAGUGCCACAGGUGGAGAUCAUUUGCUAUGAUUCCAAAGUUGUUAUUCUUUCAGUUUGCAGAUGAGAGAUAAUAGAUAAGCUGUUACUGUCCCUGAAGGGAAAUUAUUUUCUCUUGUACCAGCAAUGAAUCAGCAACAUGUUAUGAUGUAUGUGAUCUUCUCACUGCAGGAAUUUUCAGAUAACUGUACACAGGGUGUUAACUUGUUUGCUGUGUUUUAUCUAUUUCUUAUUGGAUUAUGGCAUCUAGAAAAUUCUUCUGUCUUGAAAGAACAGCAUAACAGAAUUGUAUGAGAAAACAAGAGUGGUUUUUCUGUGUAGCGUAAAAAAGUUUAAUUCAUUUUACCCUGGUUUUGACGUAUCUUUACUUUCUAAAUUUAUUUAUAGUUACACGUGUCUGCUGUGUGUUUUAAUUCAGAUAUCUUUUUUUCCUGUUCUUUCUACCUGGCACCUCUCAGGGCACCACAGAAGGUGAGCAUGGCCUCCAUGCCCAGCAUCACCAGGGAGGACCCAGUGCAGAAGAGGGCUCAGCUCUGGUGCCUCUGAGCUCUAUGAGAACUACAAGGGAGGAAAACUUCUCUUCAAGGCAAGAGUUGGACUUAAAACAACAAAGAAUACUAUGUGCACCCAUCUCCCUAUGUACAUACAGUAUCUUGCUUCUCGUAAUUGUGGAGACUGAUGACAAAUUACCAGCCUUUCUUUCUUAUCAGAUGUGAUUACACAAGGAAUUUCAUAAUAAGUUUUUCAGAAUUUCAGAACAUUUGCUCACAGUGCCUAUCCUGGAGAGUGGUAGACUUUGAUGCUCUUUUCAGGAUUCCCGUGGUGGAUACCUGCUUCAUCAAAGUCCUGCAGAAAAAUCUAAGAAAUUGGACAUGCUCAAGUACAGAGUUAACCGGAUGGAAGUUGAUACCUCCAUAGGAAGUGGGUAGUACUGGUCAUUUCAAAAAUUAAGAGAACUGAACGUUAAGUCCUGUAUCUGUGUCUUAACCACAAGGCUGAGAAGUCGCCUGCUCUGGUGGUUAAAGCUGGCAUAUCUAUGCUGUUGACAACAAAAGCCUCAUUGUGUAAAAAUAAAAGCAGGUAAGAAAAGACCUGAUCUAGGAGCUGAAGUACACUGUGAGAGAGAUACAAUUGUUGGUUAGGAUUAAGUAUGCAUUUAUUUUAGUCCAUUCCUGAAUACAAGCAAAAUCAGUACUGGAAGAAGGGGCUACAGCCCCAACAUUUUGCAGUACCUAUAUCUAAAAUAAGCAUUUGAGUUAGAUGGAAUAAUUUCCAUCAUUGUUGGUUUCUUAACAACUAUGCUAUCUAAAGUAUUAAACAACUGUUAUAAAUACAUAUGUGUAUAAAUAAACAUAUAUUUAUAUAAAGUAGAGAUUUUUUUUCACAAGUAUCACCUGCUAAACCAUUAAAGUUCUCCUGGUUUAUUCAGUGAAAAAUCUAGCUCCUUUGGGCUUUAUAUUACUACAUGUACUCCAUAUUUUUUUGAUAAAACACUUGCUAGAAAUUUGUGGUUUGCUUUUACUUCUAAACUAUAUUAUUAGUUACUUGUACUACUUGGUGAUGCUUCAUUUUGGCUGUCAGAUUGCUGCAUCACUUACUUCUGUGGUUAAUUUUUACUAAAAGAAACCAUCAAUUGCUCCCCAAAGUUGUUUAAAUUCAUAUACCUGAAUUAUCAAGAAAUACAGUCCAAAUAUCACAGAAUUUCCCAAAUUUUCUCUCUUCAAAUGCUGUGUCCUGCAGUUCCUUUCAUGCUGUUCCAAGAAAGUGACUCGAGAGUCUUUAUUAAUCAUGAAAUAUGCUAAUUUAGUGACUGAACUAAAAAUGUGUUUUUCUCUUCUCCCCAUAGCUUGAAGGAAAUAUCCCUGCCAAGUCACUAUCUCUAACACUGAUCUUGUACUAGUAGUGUACAUGUAACCUGUUCAUGACUGAAUCUUUAAAGCCUGGCCAAAUGGUGUUUUUUACAUGUCAGUGUCGAUCUAAUUACAUUUUCAAUAGACUGCAUCUUUAAUUGCAUGAAUAAUUGUGGUAAUUUAAGAUUAAAUACUGAUUUCAUUAAAAAUGAGGACAAAAUCUCUUUCUGUCUGUAGACUGGAUAGCAUUUUGCCCUGUUCAGGCAUAAGUUUAUUGCUGGCAUAUGGCAUAUUUUAGAAUUAUUAUUUUUAUGUGCUGUAAUAAUCUGAACUGGAAAUAACAGUAAUAACCUACACUGGAAGUAACCUGUUUUUGUGAGUUUGAUGGAUAGGUUAUUCCACUGUCAGGAAUUAAGCAGAAAUAUUGCAGUGUUAGCUUCAGAUACAUUCUCCUGGUAUCAUCAAGGGCAUGUCAGGAGAAAAAAACUGUGUUUGUAUAGAGAUGGUAAGUGGAGCAGUUCAUACUCUUAGUUAUGUUGUGCCCUCUGGCAAGCCUGCCAGGAGAGUGCUGUGCUUGUUUUGUGAUGAGAAACCUCCUCCACAUUCCAGCCUGAGCAUAUCUAUUGUUUUCAGACGCAAACAGAUGUGUUCCUUACCUAAGGGAAGCUCUCAAAAAUAUGGAAGUAAAACAGAAGAAACUGAUGUGAAACCACAACAGUAUUUGACCUGUCUGUAUGCAUUAAUAAUCCCAACUUUAGCUGAAGGCAGAAGUCUGUUAUAUUCAGUUUUAUUUAUUUACUUAGUUUCUGCCCUACAGUGCAUAAAAACAAUGGAGGGUAUGAGUAUUACUAACGUCAUGCUUUUAAUUUAAAUUAGCAUUUUGUUAAAUGUGUAUGUGUUUAUUAUAUCAUUCCUAAUAGUUAAAGGCCAGAUAGUUCAGAUUUGUGGAGCUGGUGGAAGAAGGGUAAACAUUUAUAUUCUUUAUUCUGACAAACCACCUUGUAUUUCACAGGCCAAAAUCACAAAACUUCUGUUGAACAAACUAUAUAUCCAUAAUAGCUCUUCCUAAUAAUUCUCAUAUAGUGAAUGAAUUUUAUUUUGGUACAUCUCUGCUGGAGGAUAACAAAGCAUUCAUUUGUCAACUCUUGAAGGUUUUUUUUUUUUGUUUGAGAUUUUUAAUUCUGUAACUUCUCUCUCUGCAAUGCGCUGACCUGUCUUUUCUAACCUUCAGACCGAUGCCUGUAGGAUGCUCAGACACUUGUUAGACUUCGGAUGUGUGUGGGAGGUGAAGCGACAGCCCACAAAUGGGUCAGGGCUGCAGCUUCUUCAUGAAGGCAAACGUGUAGAAGCUCGUGGGUGUGCACCUUAUCUCAUCUAUGUCUCAGCUACAGCAUAGACUGUAUGAAGAAAUAAUUAAGUGCUAAUAUUGAGUACCUAAUACUCGUAUUCAGAAAAAGUAGCAUGCGUUGGAGGACAGCAGGAUGAGGGUGUGAGCAAAGAGAGAAAGGAAGUGUUCAGCACAGUGUAAGUGCAGAGAUAGUGAAGAAUUGUUGAGAUGAGGUGCGGUAAGCCAACACCUCAUCUGCAGUACCUCAUCUGUACAGCAGCACGUCACAGUAUGACACUGUCUGACCAGCAGCUCUCCAGCACACCGCUCUGUGCUCCUGCUGAUGCUGCCUUUGGUAUCUGUGUUGUGCCAGAGUAUAUACAGAUGUCCUGGGUUAGAGAACUCUCCACGAGGUUACUUUCAUCCCACAACAAUUUGCAAAAUUAGAAGCUAGGAUGCCACAAACCUUAUUUAAGAACAAAGAUGUCUCAGUUAUAGAAGUAUAUUCUUGCAAAUAAGAAUUUCUGAAAUGAAAGUUUUCAUGGGGUGAGAUUUAGUGACUUUCAUGCUGAUAUUCAAAACUGACAGGCCUCCAUGGAAAACUGUCAUGAAUUUCUUCUAGAUUUUCUAAAAGAUUUUGACUUCAGAAAAGAAGCCUGUGAUCGAAAAAAUAUUAUUGAGACAGCCAUUAGCUUGAUGUCUCCAAUAAUACAGACCCAUUUUUCAAAAGCAACAUUUCAAAAUGAAAGUAACUCCUCAGUGCAUUCUCUGCAUGCUGAUUGACAUUUGUCAGAGAAUCAUGGAAUCUCUUAGCUUAAAGAUCAUCUAGUUCCAAUCCCUACUUAGGCCAUCCACCAGGUCAGGAUUCCUAGGGCCCCAUCCAACCCAGCCUUGAAUGCCUCCAAGAAUUAAGUAGGCUCUUGUUAACACUCUCCUUGACUUCGCUAUGGACAUCUCUUUCUGUUUCUAACCUGUGGCCAGGCCCUGCACUAUAGCACUAUCAGUAGUGAGGUUUUGCAGGGAAAUAUCUCUAGACUCCCAUCACUGGAGAGUGUCUACCUAAUGAAAAAAAAAAAAAAAAAAAAAAAAAAGGGCAUAAAAUCAGAAGAUUAUCAUGCUGGAAUUUACCUCCAGAAGCACAGAAAAAGCCAAAUCUGGAAAAUUUCAUGUUCAUCCUUUUCUACAGGAAUGACCAAAGCCAACUGUUUGACCAGCUGUGCAUGUCCUCUCUUGCUUAAACAAGCAUUUUUAUUCAGAACUACAGAUUUAUGUGACAAAAUAUGAUGCCAUCUUCUUGUUAUAGGCAGUCAACGACAGCAGCACCAUUCAAGAGCGAUGGUAAAUAUUACUGGUUUAGUUCUUUCUAAUUAUGCUUUCCAAAUGAUACUAAGAAAUGUUCAAGUAGAGGCUUAAACUACUGUGGAGGAGAUCCCAUACGCAAAACCCUCCAAGGUACUUCUGAUGCAGAGGUUUUGUCCAAAGGAAGGGCCUUCACAGAAGAAUGUACCACUUUUUCACUUUGCCUAAGCCUUGAUAGUAGAGAUUUAAUGUGCCAUUGGCUCCAUUAUUUCAUACUGCAUAAAUUGUGUGUAUUGUACAAAACUAUAUAAAUACCCAGAUAUACUUUAUUUAUUUAUUUUUAAAUUUAAGGCUAUCAAAUAGACUAGAAGCUGCUGUGUUUCCUCAGUUCUGAAAUGAUAAAACUGUAGUGCUCCAAGGAGAAAAGGACAAGAAUUUAAAAAACGGUAUGGCAAAAAUAAUGGAAACAUUCAAAGAAAUGCAUGCUUAGAAUAUGAGAAUUGUCUUUGUUCUUAAAUAAUCUCAAUUCCAAAUAAUUCAGUUUUAACAUUAAAGUGCAAGAAAUAUCUCAGAUUUUAAAAAGUCAAUGAGAAAUAGUUUGAAAUGUGGUUAAGUAUAAACUAGAACUAUCUGCAACAAAAUGAUAAUUACUGGUUCAAGACUCUUUUACUCAGAGGUAGAAGAAUUUAAUCAGCCUCAUUGAGAAGUAAACUAUAAAGUUUAUAUUUUUCACAAAGCAAACAAAAUUUCCUGUAGAAAUUCUCAAGAAUUAUAAUUAUCAUUAAGACAACUAUCUUUGUUCUAUCAUGAUUGACUGCUAUCUUUGUUCUCUGUUUGUCAUUUCUGAAUGUGCAGCAUUUUUAAACCUGGGUUUUCAUGCUACUGCAGUGUGAUUCAUAUCUUGUGGCUAAAAUGAUUGGCUUUUGUUUCCAAAAUUUCUGCUGUGAGAAGAUGUCUGUUGAAAUGAAGAUAGUUUGUGGUAUGUGGAUGAAAUAUGUAAAUUAUAACCUCCUCCAGUAAGAGUAGAACAUCACAAGACAUAUGACAACAUUAUUCACACAGUUGCAGUAGAGUAGACACAUCACCCACUGUAUAUGAGGAAACAUUUUUUCUACUUAGAAAAAAAGCUUUCAUGUGGUGCUUGCAUGUGAUGAUGAUGUGCAUAAUGUCCAGGUUUUAGAUAUACAUGUUACUCUUGUUGCAGGUUAAAUUGUCAUUUGAAAUGAUAUAAUCACAACUACUCUUUCUCCAUAAAAUCUAAUCAUUUCUAUUGCAUAGAACAAAGACUCCUUUCUAUAGCAAGAAACACUUGUUCAAUGCGAAAUCCAGCUUUAGGUCAUAAGAGCAGAGGGUUUUUCGUAUUCAAAUGCAGUUUAUUGGGCUGUAAUGGGAACUGUAUGACAUGUUAGAACAGGAGUACACAUGCACAGGAGCUACCUCCUGCUGGUGGCAUCUCCCAUGCUUUGAACAGCAUUUAUGUAGCUAGACUAUAAAUCCAUAUUUUUGCAUCCCUGUGCUUCUCUAUCCUCUUUCUCAACUGAGGACAACUUCCAGAAAGAGCAGAUCUCCAUCCUUGCUGCUACCUGCUCCAUGAUGUCCACCAAAUAGCUGCCUUGUCCUCCUCACUCCUUGAUAGCUUGGGGGAUUCUAUUGGAUUCUCACCAAAUUGGAUCCUUACCUCAUAUGUUUCUAACCCUAAAGCAGCCCAGUCCUGCAGUGGUGCCCAGAAUGAGUACUGCAGGAAUCUACAGGUUGCCUAAAAGGACACCCACGCUGUGGGAGGUGCACAGCUGUUUCUCAUGUUGCGUAUGUCUAAAAUUUGUUUUGUUUGCUACUGAUACAAUACCAGCCUUCCUGUAGAAAUGGUGUUCGCACUACAGAGGGGAUUCAGAUGGGCUUCCUGGAAUCUGUGGCUGAGACAAUUCUGCCAUUUUGUUUUGUGACAUGGAAGGAAACAUCCACAAAGUUCUGGUGUGAAGAUUUUUGCAUGAAAUACUAUUAUGUUGCUACACACAGGCAAACCUUUCACUUGUGAUGAUUGUGUAAUUCGGGCUGCCUUAACUGGACUACCGUACACUUUUAUCUCCUCAGUAACUUAAAAAUGUUUGUGUUUAAUGCAAGUAGAGGUUAUAAAAGUACUAAUACUCUUCUAUCAUCUUUAGCAAUUGCAUCAGAAAGCUGUUUUUUUUUUUUUAUAAAAAAAACCAAACCUUUCAUUUAUCGUCAUGGGCUCCUCAAACAGCUGCUAUUACUUUCUCAGUUAAGGGCUGUGCCAGGCUUUUGGAUGAAUCAGAAACACCAUCAAAAUGCUUUUAUUUUCUAAUUCAGUCCUGAUUUUUUGUUGCCAGAAAAAUUUUGCCUGGCAAUUGCUACCCCAUAAGAAAUAGGUUAUAUUUCAGUCCUGCUUCCAUCACAUAAACAACGCGCUGACAGAAUGAGAGAGAAAAUAAUCCCUCCAAGGUUUUUUAGCUGUCACGUCACCAGGCAAAUGUGGAAGAACAGGGAAGAAUGAGCUUCCUUUUCACUCACAAAAAUUGCAGGCAGAUCACCGUGUAGGAGCUUGUACUACUCCUCUCUGCAUAACACCUGUUUUAUUGAAAAAGAGAAGCCCCCAACUUCACUACUGUCAAGGCUCCACUGCAGGGAUGUACUACCACCUACUUGAAAGCCUGUCUGCAGCUGUGCUGAAGAGGGUUCUCAACUUGAGCAAAGAGAAAACUGGAAGCUCCUUACAGAAUACCCACAUAGUUAUAAUACUUCAUACCAAAAGAUUAUUUCUUCUGUGUCCACAUAUGGUGUUUAGUGACAUACAUUGUUCCCUCUCUCUUAUUGGGUGGUUUAUUUAAAUAGCACAGAUAAAAGCCAGUAGCUCGGCUGUCAUGUGAAAGGGUAAAAAGCAUAAUUAAUUGCUUUAGGAUUAUCGUUUGUUCCAGUGAAACCUGACUGUUGUGGUUUUGAUAUAUUUAGCUGCAUUGGGGAAAGCACCGUGUGCCCAGACAGAUGAUGACGGGAAGGAGGGCUCUGCUUCACUGCACUGCUUAUGGUUGGCAAAAACAUUACAAAGUUUUCUGGUAUCAUUUGCCUUUGUUGGCUUUAGGCUAUUUAAACUGUAUUAAGUAAUUAUUUUACUCAGUUAAUCAGAAGUCUUACAAAGAAUGAGAAAUUUGUUUCUUGCAAAGUGAAAGUGAAAAAAAAAAAAAAGAGUGGGGAAAAGCUAUGAUUUGUAUUUACAGACCAUUAUCUUCCUGCCACAAAUUCUUCAUUUGAAAACUAGCUGGCAGAUGUUUACCCAUUUCCUAACCAUCUCUAAAGGUAAAAUCUCUGCAGCCUUAAUCAAAGAUAAAAGAUGAACUGUCUACAGCACAUUGUGGUAGUCUAAGUCAGUAAUAGUAAGCACCAUAUAAAUCAAGUCUUCAGCAAUGCCUGUGUAUUUUCUAAGGCUAAACAACAUGAAGGCAAACCUCUAUGAAAACUCUUUCAGUUUUAACUGGCUCCCUUCAUGUUCCUCACAUGAUCUCUCCUGAGCGAAUACUCAGACGGAAAUAAUGUGUUAGCUCCUAGCUACAUUUCGCUAUUAAUAGCAUUCCUCAGUAGUCACUGAGGCUAGCACCUCAUCUGCUUUGCUAGUUAUCCCAAGUGCUGCACUGCCAUUGUCUAGGAGAGACAGACUCACAGCUCCUCUUAGCGAAAACUUACACUUUUUUUCACAUGAAAAGAGAGAAAAAUGGAGUGUUAACUUGUCCACGGGAAACCUCAGCUUUGUUUCUUAAUUAUAAAAAUUUAAGAGCAAGCUACACUGUAGAUUUUAGAGAAUAAGAGACGUAAUAUAGAUGCCUACAUAUCCCCGUUGAUUUUUAGAACUCUGAUGUGAAAAAGUAUUUCCACAGUUAAAUAGUUAAUAUGACAGAUGUCUUAUGUCCUCCUAGACUGUUUUUUUUUUUUUUUUUGGCUACUUCCUACUACUGAAAAGCAGAAAUGUACAUUCUGUUUAGUAAGCAGCGUGCUAUUUAGACUGAUGUAUUCAGCUGCGAUCCUAGGAAACACUAUUUCAUCCUCGGUUAAAAUUUUCCCCAGGGUUGUGACAUGAUUUUCUUUAACUAUUUUUCUUUGGAUUCCUUUCUUUUCUUUUGCUGUUUGGAAUGGAGCUCACACAGUUUGUAGGAGUAUAACAUGUGUUUUCCUGAUAUUAGCCAGUACUACUAGAACACUUGAUUUGAGAUGCUUGAGAUCAGCUGUGGGGUGAAAUGGGUGUUUCCCUGUCCUCUGGCAUUCCAGCAAUCUGAUUCAAACUACAGUCAUAUAUGCCUGUUACCUCAGUAGGAUUGCUUUGCAUGGAAGUGAUCAGAGGCUCUCAAGAGGGAACCUCCCUUGGAAAGACAGCUGAUGAUCUGAUAAGCAUAACAUACACCACUCUGUCUUUACAUGAACUUAUGUCAUUGGUGGCACUUCGGUGGCGUGUUUCCUUGGCUGUCUCACUAGAUCUAUAGGCACAUGACUACUAACAGUCUUUGAUUAUUCAAUCUUAAAAGAUAUCUGAAAAAAAAAUCUUGGUAGACGUGGGGGAAGUUACUGAGGAAAAUGAUUCAUUUUGAUGCUCAGUGUGGGUGUGUGAGUCUAUGGAUUUAAAAAGCCACAAGAGUACAGAAAGAUGUAGUGGGAGGAGAAAUUGCACUGAAGACUUUGUCAUCUUCAGAAGCAACGGGUGUAGUUUCAGAUCUCUAUUUGGCUGUAUCAGUGAGAAAUUGGUAUUAGAACGAAAACAUGAUUUUUCAGUCAUGGUUGGAUUUCCAUCAUUUUAUCUGAUUAACAAAUAUAGUAACUUCUUGUCUAUCAAGCAGUUGAACGUCUCUGUGGUCUAAAUGUCAAGAAAUGGCAGAAGUAUCACUCAGAACUUCAAAGCUGAUAUGCCUGAAUAUUCAUGCUUCCAGUAACAGUAUAUUGGAUGUGUAAUUAGACAAACAAAGGGAUCAGGAGAGUAAGCCUUAAAACACUGCUAGGUUGCUUUGGUCUAAAAUGCAUCCAGGCAAAUGAACAUUGUGUUGUGUAAAAGGAAAGGGUGCAGUAAGGGGUAUCAGAUAACUUUUUAGAAAUAAUCUUUCCGUUCCCAAAGAAAAGGUCCCUGAAAGACAGAGAUAAUUAAAGUAUCGGUACCCAGCUGGAGAAUGGGAGGCAUUACCUGGCAGUCAAAUAACAUCUUCUGACCUGGAUAUAGAAUUAUCAGUUAUUGGACUCUGAUUCAGGGAAAUCAUCCAGCUAAGUCUGGGAGCAGGAGAGAGCUGGGAAAGUUGAUAUGUGGGAGCUAAUAGCAGAUAAACUAAUUCAUUUGUUUUCCUAAUAGCGGAAAGGAGUACGGAAGGACAAGGCUAUAAACCUGGCACUGCAGGCAGUUGGACAGCAUCCCUGCUUUUUUUUUCCUAUCAUUGAGCACAACUGGACACCAAGAAGAAAUCCUUAAAAAGGAUAAAGAGCCCUAAGCUGGCAGUUCUGGGAAGUGUAGGGAGAUGGGUAAUGGCACGUUUCAGGGCCUGUGCCCUGCCAUGGGAAGACGGUGCUCAGGGUGAGCUCUGCCUUUAUCAGUGUCAGCAGACUUCAGCAUCCUCCUUAGGGUUAUGAGGAAGCUGGUUAUUUAUCAAACCACAGCUGAGGUUUCUAUUUUUUACAUUUAUCUUAAAAAAAAAACACACACACCAAAAAAAAAAAAAAAAACCAAAAAAAAAAAACCAACCCAAAACAAAAAACCUGUGAAAAAUCUACAGAGGAUGCCACAUUAAAUGCCAACACCAAAAUACGUUUUGCUGAAGAAUAUCAGAAUUCAGUGGUAGUGAUGACUGAAAAAACUAAUUUUUCAGCUCACUGUAUGUCCACUGAAAUAUACAUUUUAAACAAAGAAAAAAGAACCAAGCCAAGUACAUGCGUUUUCGUUUUGUUUGCGUGUUUUUAUGUUUUUAGCCACAACUUUAAAGAAGGAAACUUCAGAAACAAAUGCUGCUCGUUCUUGCUAAGUCUGGCUAAACUAGGACGGGUUUGAUCUAUUCCCGAUCUCUAGCUCUGUCAAGAGAUGAGCAAGGAAUCCCGUCGGAGCUGGAGGCGGGCUCUUUACAGAACGAGCUCUGCAUUUCUCCGUCACGAAGCACGCAGUCCCCAGCAGAGGGAGCUUGCCGGGGUGCCCGGGGAGAGGAACCGGGCCUCUGUGCUUCAGAGGGUUCUGGCGACGAGAAACACAAGCAGCAGCUGAAGGAGUUUCUCUUUUUUAGGCACAGCCUCUGAACUUCACCAGCGACCACAGUGGCUGUUGGUGCAGGCUAACUUUUGACACUGAUAAAGUAGCAGCUAGCCUCACUCCUGGCUUUCAUGCUCCAGCAUUCCAAAGUAAUAUGAUUUCUUUGCCAUCAAUACACGCUUACAAUUUCAGAGGUAGCUUGGAAGCUCUUCAGCUUGUAAAGAAGCUGCAGAUUUGGAGACUGGCUGAAGAAGACAGUCUCCCUCCCCCUUGCCUUCUAUUUUGUGUUUUGUAUAUGUGAAGUUCAUGACUACGUAUAGUCUGACAGAAGAGAAAUAUCACCUCCUCUUUUUCUCAGCAGAAGGAACAGGUCUUUAAAACCUAUUCAGCAGCAAAAUGCAGGGCAGUGUUCAGGUGCUGAUGUUCUGUAUCUGCUGCUAAAGGUGGUAGAAGUGUCACUGAGAAGCUCACCCAACAAAAAAUGACUGAUUGAUAGUUUGCUUAAAAGGCAGCUAAAUCAGAGACUGAGCUGAAGAAAUAACUGAAAGGCAAGAGGGUAGAGAGCCAUAGGCUAAAAUUGCCCUGCAGACUCAUUUCAUAGAACCAUAGAAUCCUUAGAGUUGGACGGGACCUUUAAAGGUCAUCUAGUCUAACACUUCUGCAAUGAACAGAGACACCUACAGCUAGAUCAGGUUGCUCAGAGCCUGGUCCAGCCUGACACUGAAUAUCUCCAAGGACGGGGGACUUUCACCACAUCUCAGUGCCUCACCAUCCUCACUGUAAAAUAAUUUUACCUUGUGUCCAGUAUAAAUCUCCCCCUUUAAGUUUGAAACUAUUUCCCCUUAUCCUAUCACCUCACACCCUGCUAAAGUGUCUGUCCCCUUCUUUCUUGUAGGUCCCCUUUAGGUCUCACUGGAGCCUUCUCUUUUCUAGACCAAACAGCUCCAGCUCUCUCAGUCUGUUCUCGUAGGACAGAUGUUCCAUCUCUUGGGUCACUUCUGUGGUCCUCUUCUGAACACACUCCAACAGGUCUAUGUGUCUCCUGUUCUGAGGAUUCCACAUCUGGACACACUACUCCAGGUGAGAUUUCAUCAGUGCAGAGUAGAGGAACACAGUCACCUCCCUUGCCCUGCUGGCCAUUUUUUUCUUGAUGUAGCCCAGAAUAUGGUUGGCUUUCUUGGCUGUGUGGGCACAUUGCUGGCUCAUGUCCAGCUGCCAUCCAUCAGUAACCUCAAAUCUUUACCAGCAGGGCUGCGUUCUAUCCUUUCCUCCCACAGCUUGUAUUGAUAGUGGGGGUUGCCUUGAUCCAGGUGCAAGACCUUCCACUUGGCUUGUUAAACAUCAUGUGGUUCUCCUGGGCCAACUGCUCAAGCCUGUCUAGGUCCUCCUGGAUGGCAUCCCGUCCCUUGGGCAUGUUGACCACACCGCACAGCUUGGUGUCAUCCACCAACUUGCCAAGGAUACACUUGAUCCCAUUAUCAAUGUCAUCGAUGAAGAUACUGAAGAGUGUCUGUUCCAACACUGACCCCCGAGGAACAUCAUUCGUCACAGACCUCUAUCUAGACAUUGAGCCAUCAACCAUCACAGUCUGGGUUUGAUCCUGCAGCCAGUUCUUUGUCCAUUUAACAGUCCUCCUGUCAAAUCUAUAUCUUUCCAAUUUGGAGAGAAGGAUAUUGUGGGGUACCUUAUUAAAGGCCUUACAGAAGUCCAUGUAGAUGACAUGAGUUGCUCUUCAUCUUUGUGGGUUGUAGUUGUAUGCAUCUCUACAGUGGAGGGAAAAAAGAAACCCAAAAAUCUGUGGCAACAGGAUUUACAAAAGGAAAUUGCAGACCGAGUCCAGUGCCCCAGGUCAAAGGUUCUCCAGCAGAGAUUUAGAAGCUCAAAAUUAAUAGCGGGUCAGGCUCUCUAAAUUUUCUGUGCCUGUAAUUAAGGAAAACAUAAGGCCAUGUUUUCAAUUUACAAUUUGUUCUUUGCUGUUUGGCAUUGCUGAUGAUACUUAAGUAAUGGUUCUUAGAAUAAUUUGCUCAUCAUGCUCAGAUCCGGCUCAAGACUUCUUUUGUAUUUGUAUACAUUCAGAGUCACCCAUGUCUAGAGUUCGUUAAUUAGAGCUUUUGAAUCUGUCCUCAUCAGCAUUGCAAAAAUACUUUUAUUUAAAGUAACAGUAGAAGAUAAUAAACAAAGAGGAAAAUAACCAAACAAAACUGUCUUUAAACUGAUCCACAUCAUGUUAUAUUGGAUACCCCAUCAAAAUAAAAAAACACUUAGAAAAGAGUGAUUCUUUUACAGCAGUGAAAACCAAAUGCAUUCAAGUUCUUAUACGAAAGAUUAAUCAAAUUGUAUCAUGUUGCUGUCUUAAUCUCAUUAGGAUUUAAAGAACAUGAGUUUAUUCACAGCCUUCUGUCAUCUCACACAAGACAAAGCCCUACAUUAAAGCAGUAUGCAGAGUCUCUUUAAUACUGUGGAUCUCAAUUCUGUGUUUUUCACUUGCACUGAAAAUAACUCGUGUUUUGAACUGACAGAUUUUCGUAUUUCUAGCAAAUUAAAAAUAUCUUUUUUUCUACUUGUCACUAGCUAACACUAUAUUAACAAUCUCAGUUCUUGUCUUUGCUAAGAUGGACACAUUCUUAGUUUAUUUCCACACUAGCGUUUUGGAAAACAGUACUUAGUUCUAUUCAAUCCUUUUUUUUCUAGUGAUGCCUCUUUUGUGGUUCACAAUUUUCCCAGGAGCCUCAUAAUUUAGUUUUUCCAUAUUGUUAUCAACACAGUCCUCAGAAGGCUUGAAUUUAAGCCACUUGUUUCCAGAGUGUUUGAAAUCUUUGCCCACAGUAUCAUUCCAUGCCAUACAGAACAGCUAUUCACCAGAUGCCAGAUGUAUAAAACACUCUUCAGUUGGCUUCUUUCCUCAGGAUUACUAAUUUCUAUGCCAAACUAAUUUUUAAUUUUUGGACUCCAUCGCUGCUGAUUGUGCUGUUUCCUCAGGGCAGUUGUUACUGGAAAUAAUCCCAGAUGUCAGUGAGUACUGUCACAAAACUUUCAAUAAAGGCUUGAUGUAUUCUUUCUCGUCUACAUUUCCCAGAACUUUUAAGGGUGAGCAGUCAAACCUCAGUGCAAGUAGGUAACAGCGAGACCCAGGACUUGCUGCAGAGCUGAGGCAUUUCUUUUGUAAUCUAUUACAGUUACAACUGUUGGCUUUAGAUCUAAAAUACCAUUCUUUCAGCAUUCUCUUUCCAGUCAUUAGUUAAGUGUAUAUAACCGUGUAGGAAUAUUCUUUGGGGACUCAUUUGUUUGCCUACUCUAUUAGGCUUCUUGGCAUGUUUUCUUGGAGGGAAAAAUGCAUAAAACUGCAUUAUAGUUGCAUAGCUGCUCCGUAGCUGAGGUGUCCACAGCUGACAGUGUGAUGGCUAUAGCAAGUUUUGUGAGUUAAAGGACUGCAGUGUGUAAAGAUGGAAUUGCUUAAUGUAAAAUGUUACACUAAAUCCAACCUAGAAGAUAAGCUGCAUAGUGCAGAAAGAGAUGUCAGUAUUGUUAUCCUAUUUUUGUAUGUAUAUACUACAGUACUGCCUUUGAUUAUAUGAUCACAUGCUCUCUUAUUUCACUCUACUGUCAAUAACUACAUAAGGAGGAAGACUUAUGGUAUCUCAGGAUACUGUAUGUACUAGAAGUUUGAGUUUCUUACUUUAGAGUAAGCUAAAUUUCAUUAUAUUUUUGUAGAUAAUAAUGAUGAUGGGAGAAGUGUCUUUGGUAGUUCACAGAAAUACAUUCAAGCAGCAUGCUAAUACCAGUUACACAUUUUUCUAGGAUUCUUCUUCUCUCCCAUUCCCAAGGCCUAUCAGAAACCUCGUGUUCUAACUGCCUCAUAUCCUACAGCAGAUGUUUUGCUGAUCCUUUUCUCAGAGAAAGACGAGAACAUAAAAGCAACUCCCCCCCCCAGAGCACAGUCUGAUCCCCUUAAGGGCUUACUUACUUUAAGCCUCCCAUCUGAAGGAUUUCAUGGGAAAGCACCUGAGCAGACAGCAUACCUCUGUGCUGGAAGUAGCUUUCUCUGCAGAGGUGCUGGUCACAGCAUGGUGCUACACAGUCUGCCACAUUUCUUGCUGUUCCAACCAGGAACCAUACAGAAGCACCAGGUAAAGGCCAGAAUGCCAUCUUUGACAAUAUUCACACACCUUAGGAGCCCCAUAGCAAUUUACAUGCAAACCUGCAUUGGGCAAAUAAUUGAAUAAUCCCUAAAAUUGGAAUCAAAGCACAGUUACCAAAUACAAACAUUACUCAUUUUCCUUUCUGCAUUUUGAAUCCUACUACUGGAGAUAUUCUUUCUGUAUUAAAUAAACUUCAGACUAUCUCAGAUACCUUUGUUUUUAUCCAUUAAAACCUCUCUAUUCACUAUACUAUACCCUAGAGCAGGGUUGGAUUCUCUAAUCUAUAAACAUUUCCAUUUUCCAACUCCUUUGUGCAAAUAGUUUCUUUAGGUUAUAUGCAAGCUAUUCUGCUUUGGAGCCUGGCUUCCUAGGUGCUAAUGGAAAAGGCCACAGCCCUUAAAUUUUCUUGCUGCAAGCACUGUGAGAUUAACUGCAUCCAAUCUUUCUGGGCACAGAUGAGGAGGAAGAGAACUCGGCUUCCUCUUUGCAUUGUUUCUUAUCAAAAGAGAGAAGAUUUGGGUGGUGGUUAAAGAAAUAAUGUCUGUUUUGCACAUUCACUGGUAUGACAGAUGAGCUAAAUGACCAACUAAGCAAGAUAACACAUCCUCUUGAGAAACGCCUGAGAAUCUCCUGAAAUCAAUCCUUGUUUAGAAAAGUAUAGGUCUAAAUGUUGGUGGAUUUCUUUAAUUUCUUACUUAGUUAUUUUUUCCAAAGGCAAAUUAGCAUACAAUCAGAUUUCCUGAGUGAAGGGACUCCAGAAAGGCAAAAAGGUUAUUAUUUUAGAUUCCUAGAACUAGAAUAACAUUAAAAAUAGAUAGUCCUUAGUCAUCAUUUUUUGUUUGUUUGUUUGUUUGUUUGUUUGUUUUGCAAAUCAACUUCUUUUGAGCCAGUGUUCAGGUCACGGUCAGUAGGCUUGCAGGGAUUUUCACACCUGGGUUUGAAUGAGAGCAGGUGCUGAGUCUCUGAACAGCAAGAUUGGAUCUUAGUCUUUCUUCUUUUCCUAUCUUUCUGAAUAGCAGUUUCCUUUUCCUGCACUAAAUUGUAGGGCUUUUCUGUGAACUAAUUAACACUUAAGGUAGGAUGGAAAUAUUUUCUAGGCUAGGAAAAGACUAUGACUGAAGCUCUUUAUUUUGUACACCAGUCAUAGAUAUUUGUUGAAUUUCUCCUGAUACCAGCUGACUGGAAUAUCUUAAUUAUUGUUAUCUUUAUUCUUAUGGUAAACCAAAAAGGGAAGUAAACCUGAACCGAGCCUUGCCAGUGCUGCCAGUGUUUCAGUAUGUAUUCUAUGUGAAAAAAGACAAGGAAGUUCUGAGAAUAAAGAAGUCUGGCAAGGUCCAGGAAACAUUUUACCUCACUAUUCUUCCUCUUUCUUUAAUCUUUGCUUGGUUUCCCUUGUUUCUGUGCAAAUAGUAAAAUGAACAAAUGUACCAUGUUGAAUGAUGGGAUGACUAUUUAUAGUCACCCUCUUAUUUUUUCCGCUCUCCAUUGCGAAGUCAAACAGUUAAGAGGGCUGAAAACAAUUAGCAGCACUUGGCAUAAGUCUGACACUAUAAUCUCUUUGGAUGAAAUACAGAAGUAUGAUAGAUGCUAAAAUGGGGCAGGCAAAAUUCUCAUUUUGAAGAAGAGGUAAUUCCCCGGCGUUGGCGGAAGCUUUUGCUUCUUUUGUUUUAAUCCUCAAGAAACACCCAUGUGUUUACCCUUACAACCUUGUAUCAGCCUUAAGACUAUUGUUUCAUGCCUUUGUUUAAUAUCUUCUCAGUUGUUGAAACUUAAAAAGGACAGAUCUCUCUGCUUCUGUCUGGAAUAAUCUUUAAGCUGUUUCACCUGGGUGUUAGACUUUGUGGCCAGUUGCUGCAAAGGCAGUGAAAGGAGGGACAAGUGGUGUCUCAUUUGAAGACAGGAAGUGGUUGAACUUGGUCUCACCAUCUAUUCAACUCAAGACGUCUGCACGAGUUUCUUCUCUUGUGAACUGUGGGGCUCCAGAAGUUUUCCCAAAUCUGGAGGCACUAUGAGUCAGAUAUAUUUUGCAAAUAUCAGUUCAUCAAGCUGUAUAACCGUAAAACCAUACACAUAGGUUUCACUUUUCUGCAGAAUUCACACACAAAAAACCCCUGCACAAUUACAUCAUGACACAAUGCUGAAAUGUUCACGUCUGUUUAAAACUCUACUGCUGUUAUUGCACACGACAAAGGAGGCUGUUUGCUUGUGUGUUGUGUUUGUGUUGUUAAAAAAAAAAAAAAAAAGGAAAAAAGGAAGAAAAAAGAAAAAGAAGAAAAGAAAAAGAACAGAAGGAAAUGCAGCAAAUACCGAAGGUGCACUGGAAUAAAAAACAAUACGCCUUCAGUUCUAAAAACCCAAAGUACGAUGGCUAGUGUAGGCAGCAGAUUUUGUUACUGUACUGCUGGAACCAACAAUUGGAAAGGAGAUGAGACCCUAAUAUAAGUAAAUGUAAAAGAACAUUUAGGAAAAGAAGUAGAGAUUUGAAAGGCAUUGUGAAUGUAUUUGAACCCAUUUAAUACUUUAAUAUAAAAAAAUAGAUAAGUAAUUUAACCACUGAUAUUAGUGCAAAUAUUGAUCCUUAUGUUUCGACAAUGUUUUAAAAUAUAUUCAGGCAUAUAAUUUUUUUUUUCCUAAUUAAAGCCUGAUUGCUUUUUUAUGUGAGAUUUUUCAAUACAUUCAGAAGUUGUCUUGAGUUUAAAAAGAUAAAAAUACCUACUGAUACUUUGACAUGAGCUGUCUUUCCCCACCCCCAGGAAGCAUUAUUACUUACAUUGAUUUUUUUGGCAGAUGGGAAAAGAGAAAUGAGUUGGUUUGGUUUUUGUUUGUUUGUUUGUUUGUUUGUUUUUUUUGCUUGCUUUCAUUUGUAAAAAUAUUUUUUUAUUUGCAAAUCAUUUAUAACUUAUUUCAACUCAAAUUGUUUGAAACUGCGUCUGUGCAUUUAAUGUGUGGAAUAUAAUACCUGGAAUGCCAUGCUGUGAAUUCUUGCAAAUGGAAAAAUUGUAUCUAUGCUUUGCAUAUAUAUUCUUAGUGCCUAGAAUAUAUUUUAGUGCCUUUUAGACAAAUAGCUUUGUGUCAUGCCAUGUGCUGACAUCUUUGAAAUCCACUUAAAGUAGUUUAUAUCUUUGUCUACUUUGGGGUAUUUUCACAUGGUGGUUUCUGUGAUUAUGCAUUUCUCUUCACAUGCACAGGACUAUACAGCUGUUAGGUUUAGCACUGCUAUAUAAAGCAUUAAGCUUAUUAAAUUAUGCUGAGGCAAUUUGAUUAGAUGUGUCCAAAUGAAGACACAAUUAUAAUAAGCUAGAUGUGGGUAGUGAUUAUUGUUAAAGAUAAUAUAUCAUAAUUAAAGAAAAUACUGGUUUAACUGUUUUCAGUAAAUCUAUUUUCCCUUUUGUUUGGCCUAUUUGCUAUUGUAGUGUAAUGUUUGGCUUCCAGAUAAUUCAAGGCAUGUACAUUUAUUCAGCUUUUUAAUCUUAUUUCAAUAUGUAUUAUAUGACUUUAUGUUCAUAGUGUGUAUUAGAAAUUCUGGAUUUAUUGCUUUGCUUUCAAAAUCUUAAAUUAUAUUCAUCUCAAAGUUUGUGACAGAGUCAUGAAUGGAAGCUGGUUUGUAUUUCACUAGCAUUAUGUUUUACUUGAAGCACAUGGAAAACCUAAGUGCCUCCUGGUGGUCUGUUAAAUACUGGAGAAGAGAAAGGAUGACUGAAGCAGUGAGGGAACAGAAACAGAAUUGCCUUCAGAAACAGACGUGGUGAGGUCUCAUGGGCAGACUUCACAGUAUGGAUAUUUCAGCGUACUGAAUAGUAUCUGAUGAACAUCUUCAUCUCAGCGCAAUUUGGCAUAUUUAUCCCCUUGUACAUUUUAAUUCCUCUUAAGGAGAAUGAUCCUAUCAACAUAAAGAGGUCAUAAGGACUGUUGCACGAUCAGAUUAACCUCUCUUCUAUUCUAUUGUCUCCAAUCCUUAGAAUACAGCUGCAGAAGAAACAAAACAUUCUGAUGAAGGAUGAGCAGAGGCAGGAAUAUAGGAAAUGAGGGAAAAGGAAGAAAGAAAACCACACUCAACUGAAGCUCAUUUCAUCCCACUGAAGAAUGCAGCCAGCAUGUGCUCCCAAACUUGGCAGCUAACAGACCUGCAGUUUGGAGUAAAGCCAUCUCCAGCUGAAGGAGUCAAAUCCAACCCAUCCAAGAGGCACAGGGACCGUUUGAAUGCGGAGUUGGAUCGCUUGGCAAGCCUUCUGCCUUUCCCUCAGGAUGUUAUCGCCAAAUUGGAUAAGUUGUCUGUGCUUAGGCUCAGCGUCAGUUACUUGCGAGCCAAGAGUUUUUUUGAUGUUGCAUUAAAAUCUUCAAACUCUACAAGACUAGAAAGAAAUGGCAUUCAGGAAAGCAGAACAGCAAAACUUGGAGAGGGGAUGCAGAUCCUGGAAGGAGAGCUCUUACUGCAGGCAUUAAAUGGCUUCGUAUUAGUUGUGACGGCAGAUGCUCUGGUUUUUUACGUCUCAUCUACCAUCCAAGACUACCUGGGUUUCCAACAAUCUGAUAUUAUACACCAGAGUGUAUUUGAAUUGAUUCACACUGAAGACAGACCUGAGUUUCAACGUCAGCUACACUGGGCAUUAAAUCCUACCCAGUCUGCAGAUUCUGGACCGAGUGUGCAAGGAGAUAAUGGCUUUUCACAGCCAGCAAACUAUUAUAACCCAGACCAACUUCCUCCAGAGAAUUCUUCCUUUAUGGAAAGGAAUUUCAUCUGCAGAUUACGAUGUCUCCUGGAUAACUCAUCUGGGUUUCUGGCUAUGAAUUUUCAAGGACGAUUAAAGUUUCUUCAUGGACAGAACAAGAAAGGGAAGGAUGGUGCUGCAUUGUCUCCUCAGCUGGCUCUGUUUGCAGUAGCUACUCCCCUGCAACCACCUUCCAUCCUUGAGAUAAGAACCAAAAACUUUAUCUUCAGAACAAAACACAAACUGGAUUUCACACCUACUGGCUGUGAUGCAAAAGGAAAGAUUGUCUUGGGAUACACUGAAGCAGAGCUGUGUAUGAGAGGAACAGGAUACCAGUUCAUUCAUGCAGCUGAUAUGCUUUAUUGUGCUGAAAAUCAUGUCCGAAUGAUGAAGACGGGUGAGAGUGGAAUGACUGUCUUCAGGCUUCUAACCAAAGAAAAUCGGUGGGCCUGGGUACAGGCAAAUGCACGCCUUGUCUAUAAAAAUGGAAGACCAGAUUACAUUAUUUCCACACAAAGACCUCUUACAGAUGAAGAAGGAGCAGAACAUCUACGGAAGCGUAACAUGAAGUUGCCCUUCAUGUUUGCCACUGGUGAGGCUGUGUUAUAUGAGCUAACUUUCCCUAUGUCCAGCUUAUCGGAUACCUCUCAGCCAAGGAGUAAAACCACCACAGGAAAAGGAGGCAAAACUACAUUACAUGGGGAUUCUGUGGAUCCAAACUCCCUCCUAGGUGCCAUGUUAAGGCAAGAUGAGUCUGUGUAUCUCUGUCCUCCAGCAUCACACAAACUUUCCUUUGAGCGGAACUUCUUUGCAGACAGCAGGGAUGAACUGAGUGGUGUUGUUAGCAGUGACUGGACAGAUAGCCUCCUACCUGCUGGAAGUCACAAUAUUCUCAAGCAGGAACUAAUGGAGUGUUCCCAGGACAGUAGUGUGCCACUUCCUGAAGACAGUGCAGCGCUCUUUCAAGAUAACAAAACAAAUGAUUUGUACAGCAUCAUGAAAAAUCUGGGUAUUGACUUUGAAGAUCUAAAGUGUAUUCAGCAGGAUGAGGAGUUUUUUAAAACUGAAUUAUCUGGUAUGGAUGAUAUUGGGGACAUCGACAUAACUGAUGAAAUCCUGACUUAUGUGCAGGAUUCCUUAAAUAAGUCUGACUUCUUAUAUUCGGGCUGUAAUCAGCAGCAGCCCCUGGUCCAGAAUGCUGGUUGCUUGGUACAGCAAGAAUUAGAUCAGCAUCAAAUUCAUCAGCAUCAGAAACAGCUCAUGGAGCAGCAGCAACAGCAACAGCAGCAGCUCUGUCAGAAAAUGAAACAUAUGCAAGUCAAUGGGAUGUUCACAAAUUGGAGCUCUGGCACCAGCAUGCCUCUUUGCUCACCGCAGCAGCCCCAGCAAUACACGUUCCCUGGCAUGCAAGCCACUGCUGCUGAGUUUUCUUACAAAUCAGAAGUAAACGCUUCACCUUAUGCAUGUAGGCAAGAAUUUGUUCCUUACAAGCAACCCACAGCAAUGAUGCCUCAGCUUUCUAACUUUUCCCAAAUGGAUUUCCCUGUAGCAGGUCUUGACAGAUCAGCCUAUUCUGCUUCUUCCAACUUGGAGGAUUUUCUUGGUUGUUUGCAGCAGGUCCCUGAAAACCUUGACUGUGGGAUAAAUUCUGAGUCGGUUAUGCUAACCCCCCAAACAUGUUAUGCAGGUGCCGUUUCUAUGUACCAGUGCACACAAGAAGCACAGCCAAACUGCAUGGAUCAAAUGCAAUAUGAUCCCAUGAUGGCAAAUCAGCAAACAUUGUUAAACAAGUUCCAAAAUGGCUUCAAUGGAGGAAAUGUAAAUGAAGCAUAUCCCUCUCAGUUAGAUGUGAUAAGUAAUUCACAGACUGCCACACAUCUUCAACCCGUUCAUCAUCCAACAGAGCCCAGAUCCUUCCCAGAUUUGGCAUCUAGUGGAUUUAUGUAAUUCAGAUCUAGAGUUCCAUCUAUGAUUUUUGUCUGGGUAUCAGGCUGCUCUGAGGAAAAGCUUGAUGAGUCUGUCUUUCAACAUUGGACUUCAACAGCUAAAUUAGAUUUUGAAAAACUGAGGUUGAUUGCACUAAGUACUGGUGGAUGUGUAAUCCAAGACCCUAACUUUUUAGUGUGGCAGGUGGAUUUAAAACUCUUAACUUAAAAGUAUGCACAUGCUGUUUUCCAUCAGACUGACUGUGUCAUUGUGGUAUGGAUUACAUAUGUACUAAAGACUAUGUCAUGCUAUACAACAUAAGAUAAGGCAAAUGGUUUUGUUAUUUAGAAAAAUGAUUGGGCACUUUACAAAUAGCAUCAUUGGCACAAGGAAGGUAAUUUCACACUUGGAUUAUUUCCAGACUUUAUGUAAAAAAAAAAAAAAUAAAAAAAUGAAAAAAAAAUUAAAAGCUCUGAAUUCAUGAGAAUCAAAAGCACUUAAUUUAAUGCAUACUAAGCUCUUUAAUCACUUAUUUUAUAUGUAAAUCCCUUUGUUUUAAGUCUCCAUUUCUAGCACUUUAAUAGAAGGCUUAAUACAAGGAUAUGAUAUGCAACUUCAGGUUUUCUAUGAAACAGAUCCCUUGCAUUCCUCCUUUUCUUGUCAACCUUAAGUGCCUCACAGUUUAGCUACCUUGUUUCUGACAGGAGCUUAUCUUAGCAAAACUCACUAUAGAUGUCAUCCGUAUUCUGUGAACUUUUAUCUAACAUCUACAGUGCUACUGGUUGUAUCCUUUUCUCCCCCCCAAAGACAUUUUAUUUAGAGUAUGACUUAAUUCUUUAUCUAUGGAUUUGUUAUGCUAUGAUCAGGAGCUAUUAAUGUUCUGAACUUAGUUCAUCAAAAGAGUUUUGGUUUAUUCUAUACUGCUUUUCUGCUUUCUUCAGGUAAUACAGGGUAUGUUAAAAAAGCAGAUUUUGCUGAGGGGGAAGAGCAGUUCCUCAGGAUUAGUUUUAGAUUAUUAAUGUUGAAAAACAUGUGCCUUAUCUUGUGUUAAAACACUCAUAAUGUUCUUUAGAAAUAAUACAAGGCUGCUCUAUGCAAAUGCUUUCAUUAAAAUGGAUAUUGAAAAGAUUUGCAUUUUAAAUAAGGGGGAAAGGAGUCUCAAUAACAAGUGGUAUUGACACUUUGACUGCAGGUUUCAAAGUUCGUAGUGGGGAAGGGGUCAGUUUGGGUUUAAAUUUUAUUCCUAGCAACUUGCACUGCAAUGGACCGAGAGGCUAUUCUUUUAAUGUAUGUUGGAUCCACUGUUAAGAGCCUUGUGCAAAAUAUGAAAUUGGGAAAGGAAACAAAAAGUCAUUAGAGAAAUUCUGCUUUUAAUUGGUUUUCAAGAGGUUUAAACGACAAAACAACAACAACAAAAACACCGAUAAAGCAUCAUUCUGGUUUUUGUUUUCUUUUUUUCCUGAGAAGAUUUUUAGAAUUGUAGACACCAAUGUUUGGUGGAAAAUAAUAAUCUACGUGAAAAUACAGAAAUGUGUAUAUGUUCAAAAUAUUUCAUACUCUUGUGUGUUGUAUAGUUCAUAUAUAAUAAAAUGUCUUUGUAAAAUAUUUUAAACCAGUUAAUUUUAAAUGUUACAUCAUUACAUCUUAAGAAUAAUUUUAUUACAUUUGUUAUAUAUAAUAUAAAGUGGCAAUGUAGCCAGUUUAAAGCAGGCAAAAGUAAACAGGCUCCCUCCAGAUGAUUGUUAACAUUGUUUAAUACAGAGACAAUCACUUUGAAUUGGAAUGCUUUCUUAGAUGAAACAUGCUUUCUUUGUGGGAGAGCAUGUCUUCCGUUCUGGGAUAUUGUAUGCCAAUCUUAAUUUAGUUACAGCUUCUCAGAUGACUGACUUCAGUUCUUUUAAGUGAAAUUACUAUAUAUAUAAAAGGGACAUUAAAGAAUCAAUUAUUAUUCAGGAAAAGCCCAUAGAAAGAUUGCGGGUUGUAAUAUGAGGUUGCUUUUAAAAAAACAAACAAACAACAAUGUUUCAGACUUCAUUUUCAGCACAAGAUAUCACUAACUAAUUUGAUUAACAUCAUUUGAAUUACUUGGUCACCCUGUCAUUUUUUAUGUAAGAUCUUGCUUUAAACCAAUAUCUAAAAUGUCUUCCAUAUCUAGUUAGUGCAUCAUGUUUUAAUUUGAACUUGAAAAUUAGAAGAAAAUACUGUAAAACAAGAAGGUUUAAAGGGAUAAUAUGUUUCACAUCUUACAAACCAGUAUAAAUCUUCUUUAUUACGUUAGUUUAACCAAAUACAUGUUGUCCUAUCACUAAGUGCCAAGGAUGCAGUACUACAAUUGUGCUGCCCUACUUACUGUAAACAAAUUAGUUGUUUGUAUGAAUAUCUGCUUAUUUUGUGCAUUAUCUUAUGUGUACAACAUUGUCUGCAUUAGUGCACUCUUGAUCUGCACCAAACUGUACCUACAGUUCACAGAUGUUUCUAAAUUGGAUCUCUCUUAGUCCUUCAGGACUGUUAUAAGUAAGAUAUAACUCAGUGUUAGACAGUAUUACUAUCCAUUUUUGUACAAGUUUUCCUAGCUUGUUUUUCUUUCCAGGUCUUAUCUUUCAUCUGCUAUGCCUGCACAUACCAUGCAAUACAUCUUUUGCGUUAAGGUAUGGUUUUGUAGCGCUGUUGCUGAUCUUCAAUAAAAUUUGUAAGGCAUAAUAUAUGGUAAUAAAAUAAUCACUUGAAUGUAGCAGAAAUGUAUGUUCUUUUACUGCAAAAUGUUUGAUUUCAGCAGUAUACAAAAAGAUACAUUAUGAUGCAGUUACUAAUAUUUUUGGAAACUUGUCAUCUAAUAGUUUAUGAAACUAUUGUUAUUUAUGUCACUGUGGACUUUGCACUUCUGAAUAUUAGAUGCAAAUACAAUGUACAUAAUUUAGAGUAAUGAACAAGUGUGUAUUUGCCCAUGGAAUUAGUAUUUUCCUUUUAUACUUGCAUGAAAAUGAGUUUUAAUAAACAUUGUAAAUAGUAAGCCACAA